AUGGGGGCCAACAACUCAACAUGUUUACCGUGCAAGGUGGCUGGAGGCAAUGUCCGCCGGAACAAACCACUAAAUGGCGCUCAUGACCAGCAGGUUCUCAGCAGCGAAGCCCAGGUCUUGAAAAAGGUAUCGACUGCGGCGGAGCCCCAGGGAACGAGUGGAACGGCAUCGCAGUCGGCCAUUCCACAGGAUUCCUCUGCCAACGCAGCUUCUGGUUCCAGUGUGCCACUCCAGAAACGCAGUGGAAGCCUCCAGUUACAAGGGUCCUUCCCCGGACAAUCUCAGUCAGAAGCUCUCCAACAGUCCAUUGAAGGCCAGCGGCUACAACAGGUUGAGGAGCUGCAGGACAAGCCGACAUUGCAGGACGGCAAAAUACCAGAGAACGAGACAGACCUAGGCUCCAAGGCGAAAUGCUCAGUGGGUGUACCUUUGAGCCAGCCAAAGGAUGCGAGAACCGUGGUGGAGCAGCAACUGAGAGACGGGAGCCCAAGGCCGCAGCAACACAUCCACGUCCCGUCCCACAUGCUGGCGGCUGGGGCCGAUGUGGUUUGCAUAAAGCACCAGGGUACACAACAAGCUCUUCUCAGCCCGCAUAGCUGCGCAGUGGCCCACAGGGUAGCAGCUGCCCUCAGACAAGCAGCCGGUGAACGUGCGGCUGCAGCUGCAGCUGCGGCGCGGGCAGCAGAGGAAACCGAGGGAACCAAAGCAGUGCCAAAGCAGCAUGCAGGACAGGCUAAAGAGGCUUGUAGCUUUCAGACUGAAUCUUCUGCUGCAGAGUGCAGGGAGCCCACGAAUGGGAAGGAAACCACUGCAGACAGCAGUCGGGAGAAGCACGCUAAACCUGAACAAGAGGCACAACGGACACUCCCACCAAGCAGCUGCUUCCCCCAGGUAUCGUGUUUCUCCUCGAACGAUGAAAGCGCCAGCGAAAUUACUGUUAUGCAGCAGGCAGAGCAAUACCAGGGAAAGACUAUGGGCUUCCCGUCACCGGAGCAGUCUCUUAUUUCCGCGGCAAAAUUGGUAGGGGAAAUGUUCUCUGGAGCCGCUGCAGCUGCCGUGGCGAUGGCUACUUCGACCUCUGGGCAAACUGCGCGUGAUAGCUCAGAACGGCCAGCCGCGAAAAGUGGGGAGAGUUGCCUUGUUGCAGAUCAGGCAUUGCGGCAAGCAACUCAGACAGGAAGUGACAAAGGCGGAGACCUGCACGAGGGCGCAGUGGUUCUGCUAGGGGCGGUAGACAGAGCUGUGGAUGCCAUCACCAGCGAUGAAUUUAAGAAACAGGCAAGCACCGUUUCUGCAGAAGUCGCCACUAGCAAUAUGCUGGCUGAUGUUUAG